UGUAUAUUCCUAUUUAAUUUGUAGAUGUGUGUAAUCUCAUAUUUGGAAAAAUUCAGAAGAAAUAUUUGUACUAGCAUGUGAGAAGGUACUAUUAUACAUAUGUAUAAUCCAAUUGUUUCAAUUUUGAAGGACGAGAUGUUUCGAGAACAUUAUAGUGCUUCCAUAUAAGAUGUUUUGUCAUAGAUGAAAUAACUAGUUUAAAUACAUCUUUAAAAACAAGAAAAAGAGGAUGUAUUGCCUACAGUGGUUAAUUCCAGUACUGCUGAUACCAAAACCAGUAAAUCCAGCACUACUGCAAACGCAUGUCAUGUUUAUGGCACUUUAUCUAAUUGGAUUCUUCCUAGAACGAAAACCAUGUACUGUUUGUAGUUUAGUAUUUCUUCUUGCAGUUUUCCUAAUUUGUUAUAGUGGAAUUGGUAAUUGUCUCCUUUGGAGUACAAAUUGUGAUACAGUGAGAUGUGACAAUAGUUAAGGUUAUUAGAAUGUUUAUUCUUAAAUUAAAAAA